ACAUACUGCUUGUCUGUUCACCUGAUAUUCUGCUAACCCUCCCCUGAGUCUCGCUUGUUCCUCCACACCAGCAGGUGGCGCUCACACGUUUAUCACACGCUGUUGAUCCGCUCUGCUCUCAUCAUGGAAGUCACCUCAGAUGUUUCCAUCCAAUAACAGUACUCUCUCUGCCGUCCAAACAUCAUGCUUCCCCGGGCGGGUAAAGACUUUCUGGUCCGCAUACGGUUCUUCUGGAAGCCGCUCUUCCAGGGCCGAUACCUGCUGCUCACCAACACCCUGAGCGGAGGAGUGAUGCUGUCGCUGGGAGACAUUGUGCAGCAGAGCCGGGAGAACCGCAGGGAGCCGGGCCGAGUCCGGGACUGGGAGAGGACAGGUCGCAUGUUCGUGGUGGGCUGCUCCAUGGGUCCACUGCUGCACUACUGGUACAUCUGGCUGGACAGAGUGUACGUCGGCAAAGCUCUGAACACGUUGAGCAAGAAGGUCCUGGUGGACCAGCUGGUCGCCUCACCGACACUGGGGAUGUGGUAUUUUUUAGGUAUGGACCUCAUGGAGGGCCGCAGUUUAUCCGAAGGAUGGGCGGAGUUUAGAGACAAGUUCUGGGAGUUUUAUAAGAUGGACUGGUGUGUUUGGCCGGCCGCUCAGACCAUCAACUUCUACUUUCUCUCACCCAAAUUUCGCGUCGUGUACAUCAACUUUAUCACCUUAGGGUGGGACACCUACCUCUCCUACCUCAAACACAGGGACGAAGGGCAGAAUGCUGAUCUGGCAUCAGACAGCAGCACCGUGGAUGUACAGCAGGAAGCACUGCCACCAUCUAAACCUGUGGAGGACAAGGUUUAGACACAGAGUUCGUCCUCAGCAAAUGAACUUCUUCAGGGGAAACAGAACAUUUUGCUGUUUUUUUUUAUGGGUUCAGACUUCUUUUUCUUCCUUCUUGAAAAAUGCUGCAGAACUUUUUUGUGCACCAGAUCUGUCUGAGGAAUUGUGGACGUUUAAGUUGAAGUGCUGGAACACUUUUCCCUUCAUGUCUGAAGACUUUUAAUGUGUCUCUGUCCAUUUUCUUUGUUUCUGUGUCAAUGAUGUGCUCUCCUGUUGGAGCGUCCAGGGAUGAAAAGCUGUUUCACUGCCCUCAGCCUCUCCACCAUCUGAAGAUCCAUUUGCAAAGUGGGAAUCUUCCAAAUGCAUACAGACAUUCCCCCAACUUCUCAACAAGCGUCAUCUUUGUUGUACUGUUGUACUAAAAGCUUGAAACUGACUGAGAAAAAUCAGUAGUGAUGUGAUGCAGCUGCUGGCUUUUUCACAUCCAGCCAUGUUAGUCUGUGUGAACUUUGCCUUAAUCUGUAGUCCAGAGCUGCACUUGUUGAUGCCAAAUAACCUCUACCUAUUCAGCUUAUCCCUUUAGGGUACCUAUAAAAUGAUGCAUGAUUGUGAGUCUACUGUAAUUAGUGUUAAAUUUAAGAGCUUUGAUAUUUUAUCAUAUGAUACAGAUUCACCAGCUGUACGAAGAACUCGAUUCAUUGUGACCUGAUAUACUGUGUAUUUCUACCAACUAAGUUAUUGAUGGACUUUGGUGCAUAAAUAGUGUCAACAUAAGCGCUAUGAAGCACUAUUUAUUAUUAUAUACAGGCAAAUAUAUAUUUAAUUUGUGACACCAUCAUCUACUAUAAAUGUGAAUAAAACAUGAUGUAAAACAUA